UCAAUUGAUAAGUGGAAAUAUAUUGAAAUGCAGACAUUCGAACACUUUGAGGAAGCAAGAAAGUGUCUUCAGCAGAUAACAACGAGAACUUUACAACAGUGGGCAAUGGCGAUAGCAUUUCCAUUUAUUACUGAUGCCUUUAAAUUCUCUGCCAGCAAAAGUUGGAUGGACAGAUUUAAGAAUAAAUACAAAAUAAGGCAACGAAAAAUUACAAGGUAUAUUAGUAACAGAGAACUUGCAUCGUUAGAUGAAAUGUUGGAAUCAGCCGAACGAUUCCAAAUACAAACAAGAGCAAUUAUGCCGGACUAUGAUUUUGAUUUUGUUAUCAACACGGAUCAAACAGGCUGUCAAUAUCAAAUUACAUAUAAUAGAAUGCUUGCACCACAAGGUUCAAAGACUGUCCAGAUUACAAAGAAAAGCCUGCAUGAUAUCUCUCACUCUUACACAGCACAAUACACUAUUACUGCUUCGGGGAAAAUAUUACCUGUCGUUUUCUUAUGCAUGCAGGAAUCGACAGGAAAAUUUGGUCCUUUGGUGCAAAAAAAAGUUGAUCAUUUCAUUGCAGAAUAUAAAAACGUUUUUGUAACAUGUUCGAAAUCGGGUAAAUUGACAAAAAAUAUAUAUACAGAUUAUUUAAGAUAUUGUUUAUCGCCUUAUGUUGCAAAUAAUAAAUUUUUAUUGUUGAUUGAUUCAUGGGGAGGUCAAACGGAUUUGACAUUGUACGACGAUAUUUUCGAUGAUGAAGUAGGCAGAUCAUCAUGUACUGUAAAAGUAAUUCCUCCUAAAUGUACACCUCUUUGUCAACCAUGUGACGUUUAUUUUUAUCGGCAAGUCAAAAAUUUUAUUAAAAAGUUGCAAAAUUGUCCCACUUUAUUACAACAGCAACGAGAAAUAGGUGCUCGUGAAGAUGCUAUUAAAAUACAUUCUUUGCUAUUGCAUCAAUUGAGCGCUCCCGCUUUUAAAUCGAUGCUUUUAUACGCGUGGUACGCAUCAAAAUUAAUAGAAGAGAGACCGAUAUUUCUGAAUAUGAACGAAAUAUGUUUUCCUGCUUCAAUGAUUGAAAAAUCGUGUGCUUGCAAAAAUAUGGGCUUCAUUCAAUGUGCUCAUUGUAAAACAAUAUUAUGUUUUGUAUGUUUUUACGAUGAAUAUCAUCCCAAAACAUGUAACUCAUCAUACAAUCAGUCCUCGUAACGUGCUAUUGCGUGUGGUGUAUGUUUUUAA